GAGAAACUGUGGAAGGCCUUCGAGAGAGCGACUAUCUUCUCAUCCAUUCCUGUCGGCAGUGGACAACCAUCACAGCUCACAGCCUGGAAGAGGGGCACUACGUCAUAGGGCCAAAGAUAGAAAUCCCUGUCCACUAUGCAGGGCAGUUUAAGCUUCUGGAACAAGACCGAGAUAUUAAGGAGCCAGUGCAGUAUUUUAACAGUGUGGAGGAGGUGGCUAAAGCAUUUCCUGAACGAGUUUACGUCAUGGAGGAAAUAACAUUCAACGUUAAGGUGGCUUCGGGUGAAUGCAAUGAGGACACUGAGGUUUACAACAUUACCCUUAGCACUGGGGAUGAGCUCACUUUAAUGGGGCAAGCCGAAAUCCUUUACGCAAAAUCUUCCAAGGAGAAGUCACGGCUCAACACCAUCUUCAAAAAAAUUGGGAAGCUUAAUUCCAUCAGCAAGCUAGGCAGGGGCAAAAUGCCCUGCCUCAUCUGCAUGAACCAUAGGACCAACGAAAGCAUCAGUCUUCCUUUCCAGUGUAAGGGCAAGUUUAGCACCCGCAGCCCGCUGGAGGUGCAGAUGCAAGAGGGUGAGCACACGAUUCGCAAUAUCGUGGAGAAAACCAGGCUGCCCGUCAACGUGACGGUGCCCAGCCCCACCCCCAGGAACCCCUACGACCUCCACUUCAUCCGCGAGGGGCACAGGUACAAGUUCGUCAACAUUCAGACCAAGACCGUGGUGGUUUGCUGCGUGCUUCGUGGCAACAAGAUCAUCCCCAUGCACUUCCCCUUGCACUUGGCGCUGCCCAAGUUCACCCUGCCCGACAGCCUGGUGAAGGGGGAGCUGUGGCACGAGGCCCUCAUCCAGCACUGGUUUAAUGUCUGCCAGGAGCAGUUUGACAUAGACGAGUAUUCCCGCGCCGUGCGGGACGUGAAGGCCGACUGGAACGAGGAGUGCAAGAGCCCCAAGAAGAGCCGCUGCCCCGGGCACGGCCACGUGCCCAACUCCCUCAGCUACGCGCGGGACGAGCUGACCCAGUCCUUCCACCGCCUCUCCGUCUGCGUCUACGGCAACAACCUGCACGGGAACAGCGAGGUGAACCUGCACGGCUGCCGCGACCUGGGCGCCGAGUGGGCCCUCUUCUCCCACGACGCCCUGCAGUACCAGGAGGCUGGAGACAGCACCAGCGACUACCUCUUCCCCGAGGUCGCCGAAGAGUCCCUGUUCCUGCCGGCGAAGCCGGAGCUUCCUUACGAAGAGCUGUGGUUGGACCAAGGGUGUGGGAAGGCCCCUGAGCAGCCUCUCACCCGCUCGCUGAGCGAGAAGAACAAGUGUGAGGGCUACAGGGGAUCCUUCCGAGCGAAGGGUGGCACCGCGUCUCUUCCCGCCGCUGUCGGGGCGCCCACAAAGUCUUCAGAUGUCUCCCUACCUCCACCUCCAGUGCCUCCCAAAUCAGAAGCGGUGAAGGAGGAAUGCAGGCUCCUGAACGCCCCCCCAGUGCCACCACGGAGUUCCAAGCCCUCCUCCAGCAGCCCGUCCGUCCCUCCCCGCACGGUGAAGCCGGCCCGGCAGCAGACCCGCUCUCCCAGCCCCACGCUGUCCUACUACUCCUCAGGACUGCACAACAUUGUGGCAGAGAGCGACAGCACCAACCCAGCGGAGAGCACGCCCCUUUCCUGCUACCCCUGCCACCUGAGCAAAACCCAGUCCAAAGAGCCCGAGAGCACGAUGCCUUUGGGAAGCCCCUCAGCUGAAGCUCUGCCUUCGAGGUUAUCUUGGCCAAACCAUUUUUCAGGAACUGCUGAAGGCCUGAAUAGGAGUGAUUUCCUGCUCGAUCCAAGCAGGAGCUACAGUUACCCCAGACAGAAGACUCCAGGUACGCCAAAGAGAAACUGUCCAGCACCUUUGACUUUUGACUUUGAUGGGUGUGAGCUCCCAGCAGGGCACUCCCCCCUGACUCCAGCAGAGUUCACCAACACCAUCUCUAGCUGCCCAAAGUCAGCGAGUUACUCUCUAGACUGCACUGAUGACAAGUCCCUGGGAGCUGGCGAGGCCAAGCAGAGCCACUCGUGUCCUGCCUUACCUCCUCGGGCACCAAAGUCGAGCGAAGAGAAGACGGUCCCAGACACGGGUCCCUUGCCACUGAAAAUCGAUGGUGCUGAGGAGGAGUCGAAAUCCAGUUCUCCAGACCUCUUGGAAGAUCAGUGUCUCCUGAAAAAGGGCAUGCAGGAUACAUUCUCUGUGUCUUACCCCUUCUCCUCUCCCCUCCACCUCCAGCUAGCACCGAGGUCCUGCGGGGACGGCUCUCCCUGGCAGCCACCCACGGACCUCUCCGGACUCUCCAUCGAGGAAGUGUCUAAAUCCCUGAGGUUUAUUGGGCUGUCAGAAGAUGUCAUAUCUUUUUUUGUUACAGAGAAGAUCGAUGGCAAUUUACUGGUUCAGCUUACAGAAGAAAUCCUCUCAGAAGACUUUAAGCUAAGCAAAUUGCAGGUUAAGAAAAUACUACAGUUCAUUAAUGGCUGGCGGCCCAAAAUGUGA